AGGUGCACAUUAUGGAGAGGACUGACCCCAACAUUGUCCUGAUGCUGGGACGUUGUUGGACUACUUCAACCCCCAGUCCACUCAGUCUCCCCCAGUGGGACCUUCUGAUCGACGGAUGCCCUUACCAGGACGACCGCUAUCUGACCACACUGGUUCCAGUGACUGGAUCGUCUGGUCUUCAGUUCCCAACCCACUACAAGCGCUUUGCUGUGAAGAUGUUCACAUUUGUAGAUCCAGCCUCACUGGCUGCUCUGCAGGAAACCAUCUUCAUCCACUGCAGUACAGAGGUGUGCCAUCCAUCAUCUGGCUCUUGUGAGCAAAGCUGCACCAGGAAACGAAGAGACACUCGUAUCAAGGCUGUCUCUGGGGAGCAGACUGUGGUUUCUAGUGGAGAAGUUACUCUGGUCAUGUAAAUCUAGUGUUUUUAAUAAACCGUGCAGAACCCU